GGUUCCUGUCAUUCUUUCUUAUAAUGUCCUUGAAGCAUCUUAUGUUUGUUUUUUUCAGGCUUUUAGCUAAUGAAGCUGUUUGUUUGUUCAGUGUAGGAGUCAGAGAGGCUACCGUUCCUGUAGUAUUCAAUAGUCGUGUAUGAUUGAAGGGUGUGCUUUCAGUUUGUAUUUAAGGGCAGUUAUGGCCAAAGAUAUUUACUAGUUCGAACUUAAACUUGUAGCCUGUUGAUAAUUGAUCUUCACAAUUUGUCGAGGAUGUUGCUAAACUGUGAUCCUAAUGAUAGAGAAGGUAGUUUGAAGCUUGUGGAGGAACUAACAACAAACGCGGAUGAAGUACAACAACAGGUACUCCAGGAGAUAUUGACUCAAAAUGCAGACACAGAGUAUCUAAACGGCUUCCUUGGAGGCAGCUCUGAUAAGGAGCAAUUCAAGAAGAAAAUCCCCAUUGUGGUUUAUGAAGAUAUCAAGCCUUACAUUGAGCAUAUAGCUAAUGGGGAAGCAUCGCAGAUCAUCUCAGCACAACCAAUCACAGAGCUCCUCACGAGCUCAGGAACUUCAGGAGGUCUACCAAAAAUGAUGCCAUCCACUGCAGAAGACAUGGACAGGAAGACCUUCUUAUAUAACCUCUUGGUGCCAGUGAUGAACCAGUAUGUCGAUGGUCUGGACCAAGGGAAAGGGAUGUACCUCCUGUUUAUCAAACCAGAAAUCAGCACUCCCGCUGGUUUGAUGGCUAGACCAGUACUAACCAGCUAUUAUAAGAGCAGUAACUUCAGAAACCGUCCCUUCAACAGGUUUAAUGUCUAUACCAGCCCAGAUGAAACCAUCUUGUGUUCAGAUAGUAAACAAAGCAUGUACUGCCAAUUACUUUGUGGUCUGGUACAGCGAGAUGAGGUCCUUAGGGUUGGUGCAGUUUUUGCAUCUGCCUUCCUACGGGCAAUCAAGUUCUUGGAGGAUUAUUGGCAAGAGAUGUGUUCUAACAUAAGGAUGGGCCAUGUUAGUGAUUGGAUAACAGACCCAGGUUGCCAAAACGCUGUAUCUGGCAUCCUUAGGCAUCCCAAUUCAGAACUGGCCCAUCUGAUUGAAUCUGAGUGCAAUGGGAAAUCAUGGGAAGAGAUAAUUAGGAGGCUAUGGCCUAGAACGAAGUACGUAGAUGUCAUAGUUACAGGGUCCAUGGCUCAGUAUAUUCCAACCCUUGAUUUCUACAGCGGAGGGCUGCCUCUUGUUUCAACAAUGUAUGCUUCAUCCGAGUGCUAUUUUGGGAUCAAUCUCAAGCCCCUAAGCGACCCAUCCAGUGUCUCCUACACCCUUCUCCCCAACAUGGCCUACUUUGAGUUUCUCCCUGUAGAGAAAAAUCAUGAAGAACUGAACCAUGGUGUCCGGUGCAAUGGGGAUUCUGAACCGAAUUGCUUAAACAAGGAGGGUCAAGAAGAAGGGGAAGAACAAGAACAAGAAGCGGUUGAUCUUGUCCAAGUGAAGGUCGGUCACUAUUAUGAACUUGUUGUCACUACAUUUACAGGCCUAUACAGAUACAGAGUUGGAGACAUUCUAAUGGUGACUGGAUUCCACAACAAUGCACCACAAUUCCGGUUUGUACAUCGACGGAACGUUGUUUUAAGCAUUGACACGGACAAAACCAAUGAAGAAGACCUCCUGAAGGCCGUAACAAAAGCUAAGCUCCUUCUUGAGCCAUUGGGCUUCCUGCUGACGGAGUAUACUAGCUACGCAGACACUUGUUCGAUUCCUGGACACUAUGUGCUGUUCUGGGAACUAAAGAUGAGAGGAAAUGGUGAUUUGCCGGAGCUGGAAACUAGAAUAAUGGAGGAAUGCUGCUCCACAGUAGAACAGUCGCUUGAUUCUGUCUAUAGAAGAUGUAGAAGCAAAGACAAGUCCAUCGGGCCAUUGGAGAUAAGGGUGGUGAAACAUGGGACAUUUGAUGCACUGAUGGAUUUCUGUGUUUCUCAGGGGUCCUCUGUAAAUCAAUACAAGACUCCAAGAUGCAUCAAAUCUGAAAAGGCCCUCAAUAUUUUAGAUUCAAGGGCGGUGGGCAUCUUUUUCAGUAGAAAAACUCCCCAUUGGGAACCUUUCAGAAUAGAAGCUAAAUGAUUUAUAUCAUGCCACUCUAUCUACUGCUAAUGUUGCAAGCUUAGCAGGGUUGUAUUUUCAAGCACGGGUGUCUGGAUUCCUUCAGAAUUUGAAUUUGUUAAACUGAAAAGAAAAAGAAAAGAAUCAUUAUGUGUUAAUAAUGACUUUGAAACGAGAGGAUUUCAGUGGGUCUGUAAUGUAACUUGAAAUUGAUCUUAAUGCUUUCCUUGUUUA